AUGGGCUGCGCCCCCAGCAUCCACGUCUCGCAGAGCGGCGUGAUCUACUGCCGGGACUCGGACGAGUCCAACUCGCCCCGCCAGACCACCAGCGUGUCGCAGGGCCCCGCGGCCCCCCUGCACGGCCUCUUCGUCCAGACCGACGCCGCCGACGUUAUUCCCCCGAGCCGCGCGUCGGGACCCCCGGGCACCACUCGCGUCCGCAGGGCCCGCGCCGAGCUGGGCAGCGGCGGCAGCAGCAGCAGCGGCAGCGCGGGCUCCGCAGCCCCCGCCGCGACCACCUGCAGGGGCCGGAGGCGCCACUGCUGCAGCAGCGCGGAGGCCGAGACCCAGACCAGCUACACCAGCGUCAAGAUUGGUGCUUGUGAAAACAGCAGCAAUUACAGGUUGAAAAAGGUAGAAGCAUAUAUCCAUCAAUAUGUCUCUUCAGCGGAGGUGCGCAUUGGGCCCAUGAGACUGACGCAGGAUCCUAUUCAGGUUUUGCUGAUCUUUGCAAAGGAAGAUAGUCAGAGUGAUGGAUUCUGGUGGGCCUGUGACAGAGCUGGUUAUAGAUGCAAUAUUGCUCGGACUCCAGAGUCAGCCCUUGAAUGCUUUCUAGAUAAACAUCAUGAAAUUAUCGUAAUAGAUCACAGACAAACUCGAAACUUUGAUGCAGAAGCGGUGUGCAGGUCGAUCCGGGCCACAAAUCCUUCCGAGCACACGGUGAUCCUUGCGGUGGUUUCACAAGCAUCGGGUGACCGUGAAGAGGCCUCGGUCCUCCCUCUCCUGCAUGCAGGCUUCAACAGGAGAUUUAUGGAGAAUAGCAGCAUAAUUGCUUGCUAUAACGAACUGAUUCAAAUAGAACACGGGGAAGUUCGCUCUCAGUUCAAAUUACGGGCCUGUAAUUCAGUGUUUACAGCAUUAGACCACUGUCACGAAGCCAUAGAAAUUACAAGCGAUGACCAUGUGAUUCAGUACGUCAACCCAGCCUUUGAAAGGAUGAUGGGCUACCACAAAGGCGAGCUGCUGGGGAAAGAGCUCGCCGAGCUGCCCAAAAGUGAUAAGAACCGGGCCGACCUUCUCGACACCAUCAAUACCUGCAUCAAGAAGGGCAAGGAGUGGCAGGGGGUUUACUAUGCGAGACGGAAAUCUGGGGACAGCAUCCAACAGCACGUGAAGAUCACCCCGGUGAUUGGCCAAGGAGGGAAAAUUAGGCAUUUUGUCUCCCUCAAGAAACUGUGUUGUACCACUGACAAUAAUAAGCAGCUUCACAAGGUUCAUCGUGAUUCAGGAGACAAUUCUCAGACAGAGUCUCAUUCAUUCAGAUACAAGAACAGAAGGAAAGAGUCCAUUGAUGUGAAAUCGAUAUCAUCUCGAGGCAGUGAUGCACCAAGCCUACAGAAUCGUCGCUAUCCAUCCAUGGCAAGGAUCCAUUCCAUGACCAUCGAGGCUCCCAUCACAAAGGUUAUAAAUAUCAUCAAUGCAGCCCAAGAGAACAGCCCCGUUACAGUAGCAGAAGCCUUGGACAGAGUUCUAGAAAUUUUACGGACCACAGAACUGUAUUCCCCUCAGCUGGGUACCAAAGAUGAAGAUCCCCACACCAGUGAUCUCGUUGGAGGCCUGAUGACUGAUGGCUUGAGAAGGUUGUCAGGAAACGAGUAUGUGUUCACUAAGAAUGUGCACCAGAGUCACAGUCACCUUGCGAUGCCAAUAACCAUCAACGAUGUCCCCCCUUGUAUCGCUCGAUUACUUGAUAAUGAAGAAAGCUGGGAGUUCAACAUCUUUGAAUUGGAAGCUGUUACACAUAAAAGGCCAUUGGUUUACCUGGGCUUAAAGGUAUUUUCUCGGUUUGGAGUUUGUGAAUUUUUACACUGCUCUGAAACUACUCUUCGCGCCUGGCUCCAAGUGAUUGAAGCCAACUACCACUCCUCCAAUGCCUAUCAUAACUCCACCCAUGCCGCCGAUGUCCUGCAUGCCACUGCCUUCUUCCUCGGAAAGGAACGAGUGAAGGGAAGCCUUGAUCAGCUGGAUGAGGUGGCAGCACUGAUCGCCGCCACAGUGCAUGACGUGGAUCACCCAGGAAGGACCAACUCCUUCCUGUGCAAUGCAGGCAGUGAACUCGCCGUGCUCUAUAACGACACCGCUGUCCUGGAGAGCCACCACACGGCACUGGCUUUCCAGCUCACAGCCAAGGACAGCAAGUGCAACAUUUUCAAGAACAUUGACAGGACCCAUUAUCGAACACUGCGCCAGGCUAUUAUUGACAUGGUUUUAGCAACAGAGAUGACCAAACACUUUGAACAUGUGAACAAAUUUGUGAACAGCAUCAAUAAGCCAAUGGCAGCUGAGAUUGAGGGCAGUGACUGUGAAUGCAACCCUACUGGGAAGAACUUUCCUGAAAACCAAAUCCUGAUCAAGCGUAUGAUGAUCAAGUGUGCUGAUGUAGCCAACCCUUGUCGCCCCCUGGACCUGUGCAUCGAAUGGGCUGGGAGGAUCUCUGAGGAGUAUUUUGCACAGACUGAUGAGGAGAAGAGACAGGGGCUCCCUGUGGUGAUGCCAGUGUUUGACCGGAACACCUGCAGCAUCCCCAAAUCCCAAAUCUCCUUCAUUGACUACUUCAUAACAGACAUGUUUGAUGCUUGGGAUGCCUUUGCCCAUCUGCCAGGCCUGAUGCAACAUCUGGCUGAUAACUACAAACACUGGAAGACAUUAGAUGACCUCAAGUGCAAAAGUCUGAGGCUUCCAUCUGACAGCUAG